GUCACGUGAUCGCAGGAUCAGCUGACCUUGGGCGACCGGAAGAAGAAAGUCCUGGGCCACGGCCUCCUGGCGCGAUGAGGUUCCGGUUCUGUGGUGAUCUGGACUGUCCUGACUGGGUCCUGGCAGAGAUCAGCACACUGGCCAAGAUUUCCUCUGUGAAGCUGCGGCUGUUGUGUAGCCAGGUGCUGAAGGAACUUCUGGGACAGGGGAUUGAUUAUGAGAAGAUCCUGAAGCUCACUGCUGACGCCAAGUUUGAGUCAGGUGAUGUGAAGGCCACGGUCGCGGUGCUGAGUUUCAUCCUCUCCAGUGCAGCCAAGCAUAGUGUGGAUGGCGAGUCCUUGUCCAGUGAACUGCAGCAGCUGGGGCUGCCCAAAGAGCAUGCCGCCAGCCUGUGCCGCUGUUACGAGGAGAAGCAGAGCCCCCUGCAGGAGCACCUGAGGGCCUGUAGCUUGCGCGUGAACAGGCUGGCAGGAGUGGGCUGGCGGGUGGACUAUACCCUCAGCUCCAGCCUGCUCCACUCUGUGGAAGAGCCCAUGGUCCACCUGCGACUGGAGGUGGCACCUGCGUCAGGUGCCUUGGCCCAGCCUGUGGUCAUGUCCCUUUCAGCAGACAAGUUCCAGGUUCUCCUGGCAGAACUGAAGCAGGCCCAGAGCCUGAUGAGCUCCUUGGGCUGAGAAGGAUGUUCCAGACCUGCGUGGAGCUGCCCUUCCUGUGUCAAGUUGCUGCCUUCCAAAACUUCUGGGCCUGGCCCUCGUUCUAGGAUGCUGGAGGGCCUGGCCUGGCCUUCUGGUUCUCUGGAUGCCUGGCUUCCCACUUGAGACUUCAGCAUAGGGCUUCUGAGGACCUUUUCCAUCAUCUUCUCCCCUUGAAAGGCACUGGUCAGGUGUUUUUGUGAGCAGGAAAAAUAAACAAGAAUGUAAAGAUG